UCUGUUGACUUCCGGGAACAUGGCGAUCACCGGGGCGGCGGACGACCACUGGCGGAGUGCAAGGGGAGUGUAACGGAAGGCUGGGCACCCCGAGGUUACAGGCCCUGACAGACGAGUCCGCCGCGGCGACAGGAGACGAGUGUCGUGUAUGAGUCUGUAUCGAAAUCAUAGAGAGAAAUAGUCACGAUCAGGCAGCUUUACCUUCACCUGUACUGAUAAUCACUGACUUUAGCUGCUGGGGAAAGAGUCGUGCAUGUUGCUCAAGCCAUGUCCUACCGGAUCGCACCACAUUUACGCACAAUAUUAGCCAUAUUUUAAUAAAACUCUCGCCGCUUCGUGACGCGGAGCAAGCCAACCGCAGCUUCAACACGCAGAUACUGUGAAAUCAUCGGUGUAGCAGCUCGUUAGCAGCGCUCAGCUCUGCUCCUCUUCCGGGGCCUCGGCAGAUGCUCCAUAAAUUCUGCUUUUACAACAUGUCAGUCCCAGUAAAACCUUUAUUAAAGAUCUGUUUGUAAAUCCAAGCGGCUGUGCAGCACAGUUAGCCGUCGAAACGGUUUGAAUCAAGAGCAAUAAUCUUGCCAAUGCCACCAAGUCCUGCGUGCGUAUUCAUCCUCCUGACCCUGCACAUCCAUCCAUGCGCCAUCCUCUGAGAUAAACAUGAGUGUUCUUUUGAACUUCACUAUUGGACCACCCUAUAUACCAUGCUGGGGCUGCCUGUCCGCUUUGGCCUCUUAACCUGCAGGAGAUUCUCCUCGCCCCACCAGCCUUCUAGCCUACUGAGUCUAGGUGCUCUUAUUAGUAUGUAUACCACACGUAUGUACAGCGGUGGUGGGGGCAAGCCAGGUCGCCGUAUCGGCCUGAUGGGAGGAGGGCCGCCCAUGCUGGAGAACCACCAUCAUCCGCUUCCGCCUCAUCACCCUCAUGUCCAUCAGCCUCAGAGCUACCCACCCGUUUAUCAAGCCCGUCUAGACGCCCACCGGCCCCAUUACCAGACCCACCAGCACUACCACACGCACCCUCAAGUCACCCACCUUCCUCCUCCACACUUCCAGCCACAUGCGCAUUUGCACCACGGCAAGAAGAAGACCUGGAACUUCAUCCACGAGAAGAUGAGCUACGACACGUUCUUCACCAUGAAGCGGCUGAUCGAUCGCUCGCGCACCGUGGAUGAAGUUCUGAGAUGGGUCACCCAGAAUCCAGGGAAGAUCUCGCACAAUCAUUACCCCAUUGCCCUACAGAAGAUCGGUCAGCUCCUGGUGCUGCAGCAGGCUGGAGGUCAGGCAGGUGGGAGUGGAUCAGGCGGUGGAGGAGGGGGAGCAGGUGAUGGGGCCUUACCUGCAUCCUCUGCUGGAGGUUCGGGGGAGAACGCCAUAAGACAGAUUCUGGAUAAUCAAGAUUUUCAGACGCUGUGUGACGCCAUUGUCAACGACUGCUCCAAGUUUGACAACUUCAGCAUUGUUAACUGCCUUUAUGCUGUAGCUGCUCUUGGGUUGCCCAGUGAUUCUCAGAUCGUGCAGGUUCUGGAGGAAGAGUCCCAGGCUCGCCUGUCCCAGUUCAACCAAAAGGACAUCUCCAUGGUUUUCAGCAGCAGCAUGAAGCUUCAUCCGUCCAGCCAGCAUCCUUUGAUUGAAUCAUGUCUUGCCGGGCUAGAGAAGAACAUAGAGCGGGAGCGCCACCCCCAGACGCUCUUCCUCCUGCUCUCCUACUACCGCACAAAAUGGAGAGCACUGCGGGCGGCGGAUGGAGUUUCUCCUGAGCAGCUGGUGGUGAACCGGAAGAUCCUGCGGCUGGUGAAGCACACGCUGGCCAGCGUUAGCAGCGUCAGGGACCAUGAGAUGGCUCUGCUGGAUGAGAUGCUGUCAGCAUGUGCCAGAGAGGCUAGCAACAAGAGCCUCGAGCUUAUCUUCAGCUCUCACCUCUUCUACCAGAACAGGCAGGAGAAGUUUGUGAGCAGCCUUGCAGAAGAGUUGCCUAAAAAGGUUGAUAGCAUUACGCCUUACACCAUGGCCCUCAUCGCCAAAUACAUCGCUCGCCAUCGUCUCAGAGAAACACGCUUGCUAGACACUAUCGCUGACUUCUUGGUCAAGAAGGGUGAAUACCUGGACAGCAAGGUGAUCCAGAAGCUUGUUUUCCCGUUCAGUCGUAUGAGUUAUCGGCCGGCUAAUGAAGCUCCGUUUUUCUCCAAGCUGGAGAUGGUGCUUGAACUAAAGGCUCUGAGCUCACCGUUGGCCACCGUAAACAUCCUCAUGUCUUUGUUCCAGCUGGGUCAUUUUCCCGGGCUUGUUCUUCACCGUGUCUUCUCUCCAUCGUUCAUCAGUAAUGUCACCAACAGCCCAUAUGCCCUGAUUGUACGUCGCUACCUUUCACUGCUGGAUGCAGCCGUAGAGCUGGAAUACAGGGACUACACUGGACCUCGCCUUCAGGAUACCCACAAAGUGCUCAUGUUCGACCACGCUUUAACUGCAGAUGAGGUGAACCGCAAAUACAGUUAUAAAGGUCUGGUUGCAGAGGCACUCCGCCAGCUUGUUGGUGAGCACGGCUACAAACAAGAUGAAGUUCUGGCACCGGGAUAUUACACAGAUUUCCUGCUGUGGAUCGACAGCACGGGCCGCGUCCUCCCCAUCAGAACAGGCACACCAGCAGCAUCAUUAGCAGCAGGUUCAACUGCGUGUGUAGUACUGAACCUCAAAUCUCCAGAGGGGCCCGGCUCUGUCGCGGCCCUCACUACUGACUUCCAGAAGUUCUCUCCCUUUGCCCCGUCAUUGGAGGAAGGCGCUGACAAACGAGCAGGAGAGGAGUCGGCCUUCCUCUCCGCUCACAUGCGUCCCCCAACCGCUGCAGCUGCAGCAGCAGGAGGAUCUCAGAGGGUCGGCCCUAAUGGAACGGUCGCGCUAGACUACAACCCAUAUUACACCACUACAGAUUAUUACUCGACGCUAGCCAAGGAGCACUCUCUGGAGAGCCAGGACAGCUCCACCCUCAGUAGCCCCUCAGACUGCCUGACCCAGUCAGGAACCUCCAUUCCAGGGACGGUUGCCCCGCAAGACUCACUGUUCCAGUUCUCCAUUGGAAAAAUCUUGGAGGAUGAGGGAGGUGCUGCCACAGGAGCAAACCCGGGGCCGGACUGUGAGAUCGCGACAUUUUACGAAGGUGUUUCGUACCCAGAGGGUGGCGAGAGUGAUGUUGUAGCCGCUUCUCCACUGCAGCUUCACAACCCAGACAACCCUGAAGCUGACCGGACCACAGGAGAGCAGGUGAAGAGGGUUAUUAUGUCGGUAAAUGAUAAAUGGCAUUACUGCCAUAAUUCUGACGUGCUAGUCGGAUCCAGGGCAAUGAGAGACCGUCACCUGCAGUUACUGGGCUACAUCAUACUUCAGUUGCCCUAUUUGGAGUUGGAGAAGCUGAACGGGAUAGAGGAAGUGAAGCAGUACCUACACAAAAAGCUGCUGGAGGUUCCUUUAUGACGACUUAAAUGGAGUGUGUGUUUGUGUGCUUCAGAGAGCAUGUGCAACAUCCAGUUUCAAGAGGUUUCGUUGUUUUCAGAAAGACUUUGGUGCACGUAUGUGUCUGUGUGUAUGUGAGCGUCUGUAUGUGCGUUUGUACACAGGAUGUGAACAGUCCUUGUUUUCAGGACAAAACUUUGACUGACACAAGGACUCUGGGUGGGUGUUAUUGUUAUUCUUUAAUUACACAGAGGUCUACUUUGGGCAAAGUUCAAAAUAAUAUAUGUAGUCUAACUGUGCCUGGAUGAUACGGCUUAUUCAGCAUCAUCAUGUAAACAUUACUUCCCUCAGCAAAUGAUCAAGGGCCAUUUCAUUCUCAGUAUAUCGAAAAAAAAUCAGCAGCACUUCUAAAAUGUUUUAUAUUUUGUCCAGAGUGAGUGUUUUUUGGUAUAUUUGGGGGUGAAAAGAUUGGGUGGUUUAUUAUUAUAUGUUCCCCAGCAUUUUAUUUUCGUUUUUGAUGGUGUUCCCACAUCUCCUUUUGUGUCCUCACUGUUAUUUCAGUGUGUUUAGGUGCAAGGAACAGGAACUUAGUUUGUCUUUUGGGGCAAGAAUAGUAUAGUAUAUUUUAUGGAUGUGGACACAAGUGUGCAGUGGUCUGGUGAUGAGCCACAGCUAUUUGUAUUUCAGACGCUGGCACCACGACCACUUCUGCUCUUUGGUUUUAAACCGAAAAGAACUGAGGGUUUGGGGAUAAAUAUGGACAUCUAUAUUAAGAAAUAAAUGGGGGUGUUGAUUAAAAGUCUUAUGAUGUGAACUGUAUGGAGAAUUACAGAACAGAUAAAGAUGGAAUGUACAAGAAUUAUAUGCAGGAAAGGGUUAUGUUUAUGUAUUUUAUUUUCUCAAAAUGAUAAACCGCUUUGGUGUCAUGUGAGGGGAAAAGCAAUGCACAAAGUUGACUGCAGGAUAGUUAUUAAAUAAUGUUUUCAUCUCUCCCAUGUGGAGAAUGUUACAUUUUUAGAU